AUGAUACCGUCGAACGGUCAUACAUGUGACGGUGGCAAUCGUACAUUACGUUGGUCACAAUUUUGUGAUGGAAUAAUUGAUUGUCAUGAUCGAUUUGAUGAAGAAGGACACUUUUGUAAACAUUGUGUCAAUAAUCUCUAUUCAUGUCCUCCUGAAGAUGACAUACGCUGUGAUUUAGCUUGUAAUAUGCUUCGUUAUGUACCUUGUCAAAUGAUACAAGAUCGUCGUGCAUGUAAUAGUAUUCAAUCGAAUUACGAUCAAUAUUCACCAUAUCAUUUGCUCAAGAAUUUUUAUUUUUAUAUUGCUGUUGCCAUCGCUACUGUUGCUAUGCUUCUUAUUAUUACCGGUAUUAUCCUACUGAUCAAGUAUCUUACGCGUACAUAUCAACGGCGAAUAACUAGAUCGUCCGCGAAAACAGUAUAUACUCCUUCGGCUCCAGCACCGCCACCAUCUUACCUAUCGACUUUACAUAAUAGAGCUGAAACAGAUACAUUAUCUAGUCAUAUCUAUGAAGAAUGUUAUGCACCGCCUCCAUACGAAAAAGCUCAUAAAUAUCCAAUGACAAGAAGAUACUACGAGCAUGCAUUAUGA